GUGUCGGAGGAGUAGAAACAACAAGCCGCCAUUUUGUUUGUGCGGAGAGACGGAGAGGCAGGAGAGACCGAGAGAGCGACACUUCUGCGCCGAUCACAACGACUCCGAAACCCGCCGGGCACAUAAAGGGUGGCGGUGUCAUCUCGGAACAAAAAGCAAGAGAGAUAAGAGAGAAGGAGAAAGGGGGAAGGAGAAAAGGAAAUUCUCGUUUGAAAUCCAAGGAAGAGGGGGUGUUUUUUUACGGAGCCGAGAGGAGAGGCGGAAGAAGGCGAUAUAUUUAAACGAAGGAAAACCUGCGAGGUAGCAGAGAAAUUAUAAUCAUAAUAAUAAUAAUAGACCAAUCUUCACAGGAGCCAAACUCCUGAGAAAAAAAAUGAAAACGUGAAGUAACCGUUAGCUAAAGACCAGAGAAAGGGAGGAAAUUGCAGAAAAGGAAGAAUUAACUGAAGAAAGAAUAUAAAAGGAUAAACGCGAAGGGGGGGAUAGACCAUCACAAAGACUCAAUGAAAGGAUUGGGGAGCCAAAAAUAUUUUUGGGAGGUGUAUAUCUUUUGGAUCCAAAGCUUCCCACUUCUAAAAUAACCCAUAAUAUUGUAGCGACCCCCCUCGCUUUAUCCGAUUUUCGCUCAUCGCCGUAUUCUCUUGUUCUUGGUUGGGUUUUUUUUUCUUUACUAGCCAGGCUAGCUAGGUAGCUCGUUAUACGCAGUGUCAAGAGUAUUUCUUCCUGGCUACAUUAGCUAACCAAUUCACAGAAAUAUUUAUUUAUAUUAGCAAGUUGCUAUUGUUGCUCGUAAUUCAUAAAAUACCUAGCUAGUCUGCUACUUGGGUUAGGCAGCGGCACCAGACGAAGCGUCCACUGCAAAAUAAAACUAAAGACUAAUUGGAUCUAUCUGAUACCAAUUAGUUAGGUAUCUAGCUAUUGUGAUCAUUUGGAAACUGCGUCGUUUUUCGUAAUCGAAAAAAACAGGUUUUCGUUAACUUGCAACAAGAAUUGGAGUGGUUCAUACACUAGCUACGGUUUCUGAUUUUUGCGAAGAUUUUUAACCCCAUUUUUCAUUCGGCACAUACAUACAGAGGGCGCAAGAUCUAAAUUUGAUGGAAAUAUAAAUAACAAACAUCCGUUUUAUUUUUAAAUAGCUUGUAUUGGUGGGAUAUAACGCAGAAGGAUACUAACUAUAUUGAUAAAUAAACUAGGGAAGAGAUGCAUUUCAAUAUGCAAGUCAUUUAUUUUCGAAAAUGUGUGAGCUCCUAGCAUCAUGGUAGCUAAUACCGUUGCACAUAGACUCUGAACAUGCAUGAGAAUUCAGUUCAGCUGUCUUUCAGUGUUGUGGCAUAUUUUAACAGUAUUGAACGUGUUUUAAUUGUUUUUAAAGAUAAUGCGUUUUUUCUAACACCAGUAUUUCCACGGUAAAGUAGAAACGGAUGAUUUCCCCCCACAUGCACCUCAGUGGGACUGCGCUUAAAUUGAUGAUAACUAGUUUGCUAAUUGACCUGUCAGUUUUAACUUGCCAUAAUUCAGAUGCAUUUCGCGAUCGUUGAAGAAAACAAAACUCAAGUAUUUUUUCUGUCUGCAUCAAUGCAACAGUCAAGACGAGCAUCUUCAAAUAUUAGCUACCUAUCAUCUCUAAAGAGCUGAACAGGAUAAGCUCACAGCUGUUGUGAUUUUUUUAAAGGUAACGUUAGCACCAACGCAUCCUCCCUAAAAUUAACAAACAUUUAUUGGAGGGUAGGAACAGGAUUACUGAUUAUCGGGGGGGAAAUGCUGUGGUAAUGAGCUCCUGAGUAGUCAACUUUUUUUCUUUCUUUUUAAAAAAAACUAAUUUGGGAUUUUUUUUUCUUCUCGUGCAGCUAACCUUAGCUGCCUUCUCUUGCUACAAUAAUGGGAUCCGAUUGUAUCGGCUGCAAUUGGAAUCCUGUCCUAAUCAAAGGUUUACACGUCCUGGGGUUUCUAUUAAACAUUGUAUGAAGCAAAUCCCUGGAAGUAGCCGCAGGGGUGCGUUUGGGUUGCGUUUUAUAUCGCGUUUCCCAUCGCUGCCGCUGUCCCCCAGCUCAGCUUCCUCGAAUUAAACGCUCGAUUUCCCCGCCGACUAUGGCGGAAAGGACGGAUGCAUCUACGGAGGACAAGUCUUGGGACAAUUUCUCCGCCGCCGAAGAGGCUACAUGAGUUUAGCUGAGGGCCUGUUCGGUUGUCUUGCUUCUCACCGACUCCACCUUCCCUCCUCCUCCGUUUGCAGAAAUAUAUAAAGGAACAAAAAAUCCGGCAGGGGAGGGGGGUUGAUACGCCGAAGCUGAAACCCAGGAAAGAAGAGUAUUUUACAGGACACUUAGUUACCCCCCACCCCCCCUCCCUCGUCCAAGAAAAGGAGAGGGAAAAAGUCAGAUUAUCGAAAAAGGGAAGAUAACAAAGACCAAGAAGAAAGGGCGAAUAAGGGAAUAUAUCUAUCGUUUGUGGAUAUAUACACAUAUAUAUUAAUUCCUGAAAAAUAUGGCCGAUAAUGUUCUGGAGUCCGGCCCGCCUUCAGCCAAGAGGCCUAAACUCUCCUCUCCGGCACUCUCGGUCUCUGCCAGCGAUGGAAACGAUUUCGGUUCCCUUUUCGACCUGGAGCACGACCUCCCCGACGAGCUCAUCAAUUCCACAGAGCUGGGCCUGCCCAACGGCGGGGACCUCAGCCAGCUGCACACCAGCCUGGCCGCCGGCGCCCAGGACGCGGCCGCCAAGCACAAGCAGCUGUCGGAGCUCCUGCGGUCGGGCGCCCCGCCCCCCUCGGCCCAGCAGGGCGCGGGCGGCAGCCCCGGCGGCAGCUCCAUGGGGCUGCUGGGGAGCAUGAACGCCUCGCCGGGGCCCCAGGGCCUCGGGCAGCCCCAGCCGCAGCACCCCUCCCCCCAGCAGCCCGGCAUGCUGCAGCAGCCCGGCAUGGUGGGCGUGGCCGGGAUGAACAGGGGCAUGAUGGGGGCCCAAAAGGGCAACGGACAGCAGCAGCAGGCGCCCGCGCCCCAGGGACUGAUGGGAGGGCAGGUCAUGAACGGCUCUCCCAGGAUGAGCUACUCGAACCCUGGGCUGGGGAGUAACAGUAACCUGCUAGCGGAGACGCUACAGCAGCAGCAGGGCGGGCAGCAGCAGCUGGGGCCUGCAGGACAGACUGGACUGAGAGCACAGCAGCCUGGGGCGCUCAACAAGAUGGGGAUGAUGGGUAACCCGGGCCCCUACGGCGCCCCCUACGGACAGCCUGCAGGCCAGGGGCUGGGUGGGGCCGGGCUGGGCCCGCAGCUUCAGAACAAAGCGGGCUUGCCCAACAGCAUGGCCCAGUUCAACCUGGACAAGAAGACGCAGCCCGUGCAGGGCAUGGCCAGCAUGGCGGCCCAGCAGUCCCCGGGAGUGGUUGCCGGGGCGACGGGAGCUGGAGGGGCGGGGGGGAUGAUGGCGUCCGGCCCUGGCGCACAGGGCGGGCUGGGCUCCGUUUCGGCGGCCUCCGCCUCGGCGCCCCCCACUGCCGACCCGGAGAAGCGCAAGCUGAUCCAGCAGCAGCUGGUGCUCCUGCUCCACGCCCACAAGUGCCAGCGGCGCGAGCAGGCCAACGGGGAGGUGCGCCAGUGCAACCUGCCCCACUGCCGCACCAUGAAGAACGUCCUCAACCACAUGACCCACUGCCAGGCCGGCAAGUCCUGCCAGGUGGCCCACUGUGCCUCAUCCCGACAGAUCAUCUCGCACUGGAAGAACUGCACACGGCACGACUGUCCCGUCUGCCUGCCGCUCAAGAACGCCGGGGACAAGAGAAAUCAGCAGUCUCUCCUGGGCGGGGCUGCGGUGGGCCUGGGCAGCUCUCUGGGGGCGGCUCCUGGAGGCCAGCCCAGCGCGUCCAGCCUGAACCCCCCCAGCCAGAUCGACCCCAGCUCCAUCGAGCGGGCCUACGCCGCCCUGGGCCUCACCUACCAGGGCAACCAGAUGGCCCCGCAGCCCGCCCAGUCCUCCCUGCCCGUCCAGCCUGGCAUGAGGUCGCUCAACGCCAUGGCUGCAGGGAACCCCAUGGGUGUGAACGGAGGGGUGGGAUCCCAGCCCUCGAGCCAGCAGGCCAGCCUGCUGCAGGACGCCAUGCUUCACACCAGCAUGAACGCGCAGAGCUUGAUGAAUGACAGCAGUGGGGUGGGGAACAUGGGCUCCUUGCCCACUGCCACCCCGCCCACCAGCGCGGGCAUGAGGAAGUCCUGGCACGAGGACAUCACCCAGGACCUGCGCAACCAUCUCGUGCACAAGCUUGUGCAGGCCAUCUUCCCCACCCCGGACCCGGCUGCCCUGAAGGACCGGCGGAUGGAGAACCUGGUGGCCUACGCCCGCAAGGUGGAGGGAGACAUGUACGAGUCCGCCAACAGCAGGGCGGAGUACUACCACCUCCUGGCAGAGAAGAUCUAUAAGAUCCAGAAGGAGCUGGAGGAGAAGCGGAGGACGCGGCUGCAGAAGCAGGGCAUGAUGCCCACGCAGCCCGGCCUGCCUCCCACAGCGCUCCCGCAGGGGCCCGCCGGUUUAGGCCAACCCCCCUCGGCCCUACCACAGGGGCCCGCCGGCCUGGGACAGCCCCCCUCGGCCCUUCCGCAGGGGCCCGCCGGUUUAGGCCAGCCCCCCUCGUCCCUCCCCCAGGGGCCCGCCGGCCUGGGCCAGCCCCCUAAUGGUCCUCACUCUGACCCCUCCCUGGUCCGGCCCACGGUGCCCAAUCAGAUGGUGAACAGGAUGCAGAACCCUGCAGGGAUGAACCAGUUCAGUCAGAUGGGAAUGCAGUCUCUGGGCCAGAGGUCUACCCCUCCUCUCCAGCUGGGCACGUCCCUCAAUCAGAUGGGAAUGGGGACAGCGCGGAUGGGUCAGCCCAAUGUGGCUCAGCUGCAGAACCAGUACCUGCCCCCAGGGCAGUUCCCCGGGUCAGGCCCCGUGGGUAUGGCACAGCCUGGGGCACAGACUGGCAUGACACAGCAGGCCCAGAUGCCCACCCCCCCUUCCCUGCCUGUAAGCAGCCCGGUGGCUCAGCCCGGCUCGGUGGGAGGGGCAGGGGGCGGGACUUCAGUGGGCUCCAUGGGACCCAGCAGCGUAGGCCCUGCCUCUAACCUGGCCCCGCCUUCCAACUCCUCGCAGCCCAACUCCCACCCGCACUGCCCGCCCCUCCGGCAGAACUCCCCCUCCCCCGCACGCAGCCUCACCCCCACGCCGCACCACACGCCCCCAGGGCUGGCAGGCUCGCAGACCCCCCAGCCCCACACUCCCAACCCCCCUCAGCUGGCCCCUCCUGCCCCCCAGCAGCAGCAGAUGCCUCAGCCAAUGGGGUCGGGGCUAGGCUCCGAUAAGCCCGCCCAGCUACAGCAGCAGCAGCUGGGCGGAGCCACCGCAACCCCCCAGCCCGGGCUCACCUCCUCCGCGCCCGCCCCCAGCGCUCCCCUGCCGCCCCAACUCCCACGCACUCCGCUGUCCCAGAAGUCCUCGCUGACGGCGGACGGCCAGGCCUCCACGCCCGCGUCCGUCAGCAGCGCCGACACGGGGUCCCAGCAGGCUCUGCCCGACGCCGCCGCCCCCCUCGACCCCAAGAUGGAGGUGAAGCAGCAGGACGAGGAAGAGGCGGAGAUGGAGGGAAAGCCUUCGGGAAAAAUGGGCAUGAAGCAAGAAGACAACAAAUCUGAGGAGAAACCAGAGGUGAAAGUGAAGAAGGAAGAAUCGGGUGGUGACGGAUGCAAAGGGGAGCCCAUGGAGACGUCGUCGUCAGGGGCAACGGGCGAAGACAGGAAACCGGAGCCUAAGGUGGAGCCCAAAGGGGAAGAGGAGGGGUCAGGGGCAUCCGGCGCGCACAGCUCCCCGGCCAGCGCUCAGAGCAAGAGGAAAAUCUUUAAGCCCGAGGAGCUGCGGCAGGCCCUGAUGCCCACGCUGGAGGCGCUGUACCGCCAGGACCCCGAGUCUCUGCCCUUCCGCCAGCCCGUGGACCCCCAGUUACUGGGAAUACCCGUACGUAUUCGAACUAGUAACCGAACUAACCUGGACUACUUUGACAUAGUGAAGAACCCCAUGGACCUGUCCACCAUCAAGCGCAAGCUGGACACGGGCCAGUACCAGGAGCCCUGGCAGUACGUGGACGACAUCUGGCUCAUGUUCAACAACGCCUGGCUGUACAACCGUAAGACCUCGCGCGUCUACAAGUACUGCUCCAAGCUGGCCGAGGUGUUCGAGCAGGAGAUCGACCCCGUCAUGCAGGGCCUGGGGUACUGCUGCGGCAGGAAGCUGGAGUUUUCUCCUCAAACCCUGUGCUGCUAUGGAAAGCAGCUGUGCACCAUCCCCCGCGACGCUGCCUACUUCAGCUACCAGAACAGUUCACCAAAAUAUGGGCUUCUUGCUGACAGGUACCACUUCUGUGAGAAGUGUUUCAACGAAAUCCAGGGCGAGAGCGUGUCCCUGGGAGACGACCCCUCCCAGCCUCAGACAUCCAUCAGCAAAGACCAGUUUGAAAGGAAGAAGAAUGACACACUGGACCCUGAAUUACUUGUGGAAUGUAUCGACUGCGGUCGUAAAAUGCAUCAGAUCUGUGUCCUGCACAAUGACACAAUAUGGCCGUCAGGCUUUGUGUGCGACGGCUGCCUGAAGAAGUCCAAUAAGACCCGAAAAGAGAACAAGUAUGCUGCCAAAAGUAAGUGGAGGCUACCCCAGACCAAACUGGGGAGCUUCCUGGAGACAAGAGUGAACGAGUACCUCAGGAGGCAGAACCACCCGGAAUCCGGCGAUGUCACCAUUCGUGUGGUCCACGUCUCCGACAAGGUGGUGGAGGUGAAGCCAGGCAUGAAGGCCAGGUUUGUGGACAGUGGGGAGAUGGCGGAGUCCUUCCCUUACAGGACGAAGGCGCUGUUUGCAUUCGAGGACAUCGACGGCGCCGACGUCUGCUUCUUCGGCAUGCAUGUGCAGGAGUACGGCUCGGACUGCCCGCCGCCCAACCAGAGGCGGGUCUACAUCUCCUACCUGGACAGUGUGCACUUCUUUCAGCCGCGCCACCUGCGCACGGGUGUCUACCACGAGAUCCUCAUCGGGUACCUGGAGUAUGUGAAGAAGCUUGGCUUUACAACGGGUCACAUUUGGGCCUGUCCACCCAGCGAGGGGGACGACUACAUCUUCCACUGUCACCCCAUCGACCAGAAGAUCCCCAAACCCAAGCGCCUGCAGGAGUGGUACAAGAAGAUGCUGGACAAGGCCGUGUCCGAGCGCAUCGUGCACGACUACAAGGACAUCUUCAAGCAGGCAACGGAGGACCGUCUGACCAGUGCCAAGGAGCUGCCCUACUUUGAGGGUGAUUUCUGGCCCAACGUCCUGGAGGAGAGCAUCAAGGAGCUGGAGCAGGAGGAGGAGGAGAGGAAGAGGGAGGAGAACAGUACCUCCAGCGAGAGCAUCGAUGCUACCAAAGGGGACAGCAAAAACGCCAAGAAGAAGAACAGCAAAAAGACGAGCAAGAACAAGAGCAGCCUGAGCCGAGCCAACAAGAAGAAGCCGGGGAUGCCCAACGUCUCCAACGACCUCUCCCAGAAACUCUACGCCACCAUGGAGAAGCACAAGGAGGUGUUCUUCGUUAUUCGCCUGAUCGCUGGCCCAACCGCCAACUCCCUCCCGCCCAUCGUGGACCCGGACCCCCUGAUGGCGUGUGAUCUGAUGGACGGGCGGGACGCCUUCCUCACGCUGGCGCGGGACAAGCACCUGGAGUUCUCCUCGCUGCGACGCGCCAAGUGGAGCUCCAUGUGCAUGCUGGUGGAGCUGCACAACCAGAGCCAGGACCGCUUCGUCUACACCUGCAACGAGUGCAAGCACCACGUGGAGACGCGCUUCCACUGCACCGUCUGCGAGGACUAUGACCUCUGCAUCACCUGCUACAACACUAAGGGCCACGAACACAAGAUGGAGAAGCUGGGCCUGGGCCUGGACGAUGAGAGCAACAGCCAGGCAGCAGCAGCCACGCAGAGCCCUGGGGACUCACGCCGCCUCAGCAUCCAGCGCUGCAUCCAGUCGCUGGUGCACGCCUGCCAGUGCCGCAACGCCAACUGCUCCCUUCCGUCCUGCCAGAAGAUGAAGCGCGUGGUGCAGCACACCAAGGGCUGCAAGCGCAAGACCAACGGCGGCUGCCCCAUCUGCAAGCAGCUCAUCGCCCUCUGCUGCUACCACGCCAAGCACUGCCAGGAGAACAAGUGCCCCGUGCCCUUCUGCCUCAACAUCAAGCACAAGCUGCGCCAGCAGCAGCUGCAGCACCGGCUGCAACAGGCGCAGAUGCUGCGCAGGCGCAUGGCCAGCAUGCAGCGGCCCACUGUGACAGCGGGGGGAGGGGGAGGGGGCGGGGGGCUGCCAUCGCCAGGCAACAACGGCACCACAGCUCCCAGCACACCCACGUCGGGCGGCACCCAGCCCCCCACACCCCAGACUCCCACCCAGUCCAGCAUGCCCCCCAUGCCCCAGCCCGGGGUGGGUGGCGUGGGCAUGCCCCAGCAGCAGCAGCAGCAGCAGCAGCAGCCGCAGCCGCAGCUCCAGCAGCAGGUGGCGCAGCAGGGCGGGAUGCCUCAGCACCACCUGCACCACCACCUCCAGCAGAUCCCCGGUGGGGGGAUGAUGAGCUCGCCGCAGCAGCAGCCCAUGAUGCCCCAGGUCCAGGGCCAGUCACCCUCGGCCCAGCAGCUCCAGCACGCCAACAGCCUGCCCCCCUACGCGCCCCGGCACCCUGCCUCCUCCCCGCACUCCCAGUCCCAGGGCAAGCCGGGCCUCGGCCCAGCCACGCCUCCCCAGCAGCAGCCUGCCCCCAUGCCUCAGCAGCCCCAGCAGCAGCAGCAGCCCCCGUCGGGCCCGCCCCCUGCCGCCGUGGAGAUCGCCAUGAAGAUCCAGCGUGUGGCGGAGACCCAAAGGAAGAUGGCCCAGGUCCAGAUCCUUCAGCGGCAGGCGGCCGGCAUGAUGCCCCAGCACCCGCUCCACCAGCCCCCGCAGCCCCAGCACCCGCACCACCAGCCCCCGCAGCCCCAGGCCCAGCUGGGUAUCGGUCACCCUGGGGGUGGGAUGGUGGGGGGCCCUGGGCUCACCCCCCAGGCCCAGGCCCAGGCACAGGCCCAGGCACAGGCCCAGGCCCAGGCACAGGCUCAGGCUCAGGCUCAGGCCGCCGCCAGGGCCCACAUAGAGCAGCAGCAGCAACAGCAGCCGCAGGCUGGGCCCCAGAACCAGAUGCCCGGCCAGGUGCAGCUCCAGCAGCAGGGAGGCCCCCAGCUCCAGCCCCCACCCCCCCAGCAGGGCCAGCAGCAGCAGUGGGGCAGCCCAGCGAUGGCGGGCCAGCAGAGAGCCCCCAUGAUGGGGCAGAUGAGCCACCCGGGCAUGGUGGGCGGCCAGCCGCAGGUUCCCCAGGGGCAGCAGCAGCAGCAGCCGCCGCAGCAGCAGCAGCAGCAGCUUCCGCCACAGGCCGGGCACCCGGGGAUGAUGGCGCCAGUGGCGGGGGUGGGCGGGGCCUCGGGGGGCGGGAACCUCCCCCAGGCCGCGCUGCAGGAGCUCCUGCGCACCCUUCGCUCGCCCAGCUCCCCCCAGCAGCAGCAGCAGGUGCUCAACAUCCUGCGCUCCAGCCCGCAGCUCAUGGCCGCCUUCAUCAAGCAGCGCGCCUCCAAGUACAAGGGCGGGGCAGGGGCCCCCGGGGGGCCCGCUGGACCCGGUGGGGUCCCGGGGCCCAUGGGCGGCGGGGGUCAGCCCGUCAACGUGAACCCUGGAGCAGGCGCUCCAGGCUUGCACCUGGGCCAGGGAGUGAUGAUGACCCAGCUUCAGCAACAGCAGCAGCAGCAGCCGCAGCAAAUGCAACAGCGCCCCCUGCUGGGUGGAGGAUUGCAGCCGCAGCAGGUCGCAGCCCUUCAGCAGCAGCAGCAACAGCAGCAGCAGCCGGGAGGCAUGCAGGCGCAGGGCCCCACAAUGACCAACAUCCCACCGCAGUUCAGAGAGCUCUUAAUGAGGCGCCACCUGCAGCAUCAACAGCAGCAGCAGCAACAACAACAGCAGCAGCAGCAGCAGCAACAGCAGCAGCAGAUGAGCAACCAUACCCAAUUCCAGCAGCCCCAGCCCCCUCAGCAGCAGCCGGGCUACCUGGGCCAGCCCGGCAUGGGCCCCCAGCAGCCAGGCCAGCCCCAGCCCGGGGGCCCGCAGCAGGGGAACCAGCCAGGGCCGCCCCAGGGCUACCCGGGGCCCGUGACCCAGCAGCAGGCAGCGGCCGCCGCCAUGAGGCUCCAGCAGCAUCAGCACCACCUCCAGAUGCAGCAGCAGCAGCAGCAGCAGCAGCAGCAGCAGAACGCCAUGGCGGGGCUGCAGGGGCCUGACGGCGGGCCGGGGGGCGCGGGCGGAGUGCCUCCCCCCCAGCAGCAGCAGCAGACGGGCCCCCAGCCCACGUCCUCGCAGGCCAUGCUCCAGCAGGCCCUGCACCAGCGCAUCCUGCAGCAGCAGCAGCAGCACCUGGGCGGCGGCUCGCCGGCGGGCCACGGCGGCAGCCCCAUGAGCCCGCAGCAGCAGCAGCAGCAGCAGCAGAUGUCCCAGUCCCCCCACCUGCAGGGGGCGCAGCCGCUGCCCUCCUCCCUCAGCAGCCAGGUGCGCUCCCCCCAGCCCUCCCCGCGGCCCCAGUCCCAGCCGCCCCACUCCAGCCCCUCCCCCCGCAUGCAGCCCCAGCCCUCGCCCCACCACAUCUCCCCCCAGACUCAGACGGGCUCCCCACACCCGGGCCACCUCCCCCCUCCGCACCACCCCGGCAUGGUGGUGCCCCCGCCCCAGCAGCAGCCCCCCCAGCAGCCCAACCCCAACAACCCCAUGGACCCGGGCCCCUUCGGCGCCGACCAGAACGCCAUGCUGUCCCAGCUCGGCGGGAUGGGGGGGCUGCAUGCGCCCGGGCCGGCGGACAUGUUGUCCGGAAACGGCCAGGACCUCGCAGCGAACAUUAAUCACAGUACCUUAAACAUCAUGUAGCAUUGCAGUACAUUCAAGAAACCCAGGCGCCGGGGACAGUGUUAGGAUUUUUUUAUUAUUAUUGUUAUUAAUAUUAUUUAAUAUUUUUUUCCAAUAUAAAUGAACUGAACUUCCUAUGGGAGAUGCUACAAUAAAUCAACAAGUCAGUGAAUGAAUAAAAUAAAUGAAUGGUAAGUUAUUGCUGUUAAUAUAUUUUUUUUGCUAAUUGUGUACAAAAGGGGAUAGUUUGUCUUUCUCCUUCAGAGAAUAAGACACAGGUAAUAUUUUUGGGGUUGGGGGAAGUAUUUGCCUUUUUUAAGAGAUAUUUUUAAGAUUUUAAAGUGGUGGAAAAAUUAAAGAGCAAAAUGAUUUAAUGCAAUGGACUUUUUUAUUGUAAUUCUUUCCUCCGUAAGCCAGUCUCUUGUAUCUUUUUUUAUUUUUAUUUCGCAGUGUGAUGUGGAUUUGUUAUUUUUUUUUAAUCCAAACAUCACAGCAUAUCUUCCUUUAAAGUUUGGGUUUGCUGUUAUUUUAUUUUUUGACAGUUUGUUGGUAUAUGUACUUUGAGACUGCUACAAUUCAAAGAGUAUAUUUUUGUUAAUGACUGUUGGAAUGGGGGGUGGGCACGGUUAGUUGAAUUUUACAUUUCUAAUGCUGGUUGCGGGAGUAUCAAAUAAACUUUAAAACAUAGUGUUGGAGGGAAAGCUGAUGCAGGUUUCUGUGGCUGAUGAAUUUUUCAUUUUUGUGCCACAUUGGAAAUGGCAAGCCAUUGGACAGAGGUGAUUCCCCCCCCCCCCCCCCUCCACAAACACGCACACACAUGCAUACACCCUCAGAGCUCGAGUGUGCACAUGUGUGCGUGCAUGUGCACUCCAUGUAUUUGACACUUAUUUAUUGGUUGGGGAGGUGGGGGUGGGUGGUCAGAGUAGCCAUGUGCUGUGAGAUUGUGCUAAUUGUAAGAUUGUGGAGUUGGCUUCAUUAAGGCAGGCCAACAAUAUUAUGGAAUGGGAAUUGGAAUGUUCUGGAACUCAGGGGGUGAACUCCUGCAGUGGACUGUAUUGAAGAGAACUGAAAACGGGGUGGGGGGGGAGAGAUGGAGGACCGGGGUGUACAGCCAUUGUUACCCCCCCCCCCCCCC